AUGAUUUAUGGCCCAGUGGUAUAUUUUCCAGGAGCCCAGAAAAGGAGCUGUCUUGUAGCUCAUAACAAAGCGAGAAGAAUUGUUAAACCACCUGCAAGUAACAUGAGGAAACUACACUGGGACAAAGAACUUGAAUCACUGGCAACUGCUUAUUCACGUAAAUGCAUAUGGGAACAUAACAAAAACCCUCAACACACGAGAUUUCACUGGAUUGGGGAAAAUAUAUUUAUAUCAACAGGAAUGAAAUUUGAUGAAAAUUAUGCCGCCCGGGCGGUGAAAUCUUUAGAUGAUGAGAAAGAAUUUUUUAAUUACAAUAAAAACAAAUGUCAACGAUUCGAAGUCUGUGGCCAUUACACCCAGCUCGUUUGGGCCGACACGUUUAGAGUAGGAUGUGGAGCAACGGAAUGUGCUAAUGUUGAUGUAGGUGGCGAAGUAUGGAAAAGGGCUACUCUGUUUGUCUGCAACUACUCACCAGGAGGAAACAUGCCGGGCUCUAAACCUUACAAGAAGGGCAAGGGAUGUACAGGCUGCCACAAGACCGACACGUGUGCAUUUGGGAACCUUUGCUCGAAUCAAAUGCGCGAAAGACACUUUAACAAUGCGACAAUGAUAAACUUCACGGAGUGGGGACCAUGGGGAUCAUGUUAUGCAACUUGCGGGAAAGGUAAGAAAUUCAGAGAGAGAACAUGCAACACUUUCGUUCGCGAAGACUGUGCAGGUAAAUUCUCAGAUGACAAAGCAUGCUGGGCCAGUCCCUACAAUAAGAAGCCUAACAAAACAAGAAAAAAUUUACCGAAGAAUAAAAACAACAAAAGAAAGAAUAGAACAUAAAUAUUGUAUAAAAAAUUGUAAGAAAUUACUCCUAGGGUGUGAUGUUCAAAAUGUUAACAAAUAUUCUUCAACCAAGAGCGAGUCUGAUUAUUUUGUCCUCAUCCUGUA